AUGCUGCCCGGAUCGGCGCCGGCGGCCGGCGGCACCGGUAUGUUCGUGCCGGCGGCGACGGCGGGCACGGUGCUCUGCUGCAUGUGCGGCGUGUCCAUGCAGCCCAAUCCGGCCAACAUGUGCGCGCGCUGCCUGCGCGCGCGCGUCGACAUCACCGAGGGCGUCCCGCGCCACGCCGCCGUGGUCUACUGCCCCGACUGCUCCUCCUACCUCCAGCCGCCGCGGUCCUGGCUCCGCGCCACGCCCGAGUCGCCCGAGCUCAUGCAGAUCCUGCUCCGCCGAAUCAACCGCCCGCUCGCGCGGCUCCGCGUCUCCCUCUCCGGCGCCGAGUUCGUCUUCUCCGAGCCGCACUCCAAGCGCCUCCGCCUCAAGCUCCGCCUCCGCCGCGAGGUGCUCCACGGCAUCGUCCUCGAGCAGACGCAUCCCGUCGAGUUCGUCGUCCACGACCGACUCUGCGACUCCUGCUCCCGCGCGCAGGCCAACCCCGACCAGUGGGUCGCCGUCGUCCAGCUCCGCCAGCACGUGCCCCACCGCCGCACCUUCCUCUACCUCGAGCAGCUCCUCCUCAAGCACGGUCAAGCUUCCCUCGCGAUCCGAGUCGCGGCGGCCCCCAGCGGCCUCGACUUCUUCUUCGGUUCACGCUCCCAUGCCGCCCGCCUGGUCGACUUCCUCGCCACCGUCGCUCCUAUCCAAACUUCUACAGCGAAGCAGCUCGUCUCGCACGACACCAAGAGCAGCGUCUACAACUACAAGUACACCUUUUCGGUCGAGAUCUGCCCCAUCUGCCGCGAGGACCUCAUCGCGCUCAGCCGCCAGGCGUCCCGGGACAUGGGUGGCCUAGGCCCGCUCGUGCUCUGUGUCAAGGUCACAAAUGCCAUUGCUCUUCUUGAUCCCCUCACGUUGCGAGUGCACCACCUGGAGGAGAAAAAAUACAGGGUGUAUAAUUUCAAGGCAGCUCUCACCAGCAAGCAGCUCGUGGAGUACAUUGUGCUCGACAUCGAACAAGAAUCGCCUGAAAUUUCCAUUGAUGGGUCUCGUUACCAAUUGGCUUAUGCGCAGGUUGCCCGGGUGUCAGAUUUCGGGAAAAAUGACACCAUCUUUACUGUGAGGACGCAUCUUGGGCACCUGCUGAACCCCGGGGAUCAUGCCCUUGGGUAUGAUCUCUAUGGUGCCAACCUGAAUGAUGAUGACAUGGACACAGCUAUGACCCGGUACAGCUUACCUGAGGUGGUUCUUGUCAAGAAGAGCUAUGAGAAGAGGCCUCGCACACGGAGAUGGAAGCUUAAGAGGUUGCCGGUGGAGGAAGAUGCUGCUAACAAGGCCAAGGGUGAGGAAGAGAAGAGGCUAGAUGAGUAUGAGGCUUUCCUCAGGGAUUUGGAGCUGGACCCUGAGAUGAGGUUCAAGAUGGAUCUGUACAAGAAUGAGGACUAUAGGUCUGAGAUGGCAUCAACAGUUGGUGAUGAUAUCCCUACGGUGCCAAUUGAGGAGUUGAUUGAGGACUUGACCCUUGGUGAUGAUGAGGAUGAUGAUGGGGAAGAAGCUGUAUAA